GGAUUGGAAAAAAGUUGUGUCAAUUACGAAGAAUAAAAAAUAUUUUAUGGAAUAAUAGAAAAAUCUUAAUAAAAUUUAACGUAAAGCAACUAAUUAAGACAUUUGCAAUUUAUUCAUUAGCAUUAUUAUUAAAUAGUUAACAUAUUUUAGAGUAUUUAGGUGGAAAUAUUGAAGCUUGGCAGUUGAAGAAAUACAUAAUAAAUAAGUACGAGUUAAAUUAAAGCAGCUCAGAGUGUGUAUUUGUUUGUGUUGUUGUGUGGAUUCAAUACAUUUCUCACCCUCUUCCUGUUUUCGUAUUGCUUUUUUUUUUUGUUAAUUGCUACUGGUGCUGCCGCUGGUUUUGGUUGCUGCUGAAGGGGCCUUGUGUUAUUUAAGCCAGGCUUGUAAUUUCUAAAAGUGGUUGUUGAUUUGAAAAUGGUCAAUGUACCACCAAUACCACCACUAUUAUGCAGUACACCACCGCCCAUUGAUUUCGGUGAAGACGACGAGGACGUCGAUGUUUUACCUCCCACUCUCGAAGGUGUGGACGAUGAUGAUUUUGGUGACUUUAGAACCGUGGAUGAUAUAAAAACAAAUGAACCUCUGCCUUCACCACGACCACCUUCGGUAUGUGAUUUACCACCUGUCAGUAUUUAUGAUGGCUUAGCAAUGCCUGAUGAAGAAGAACUAACAAAUCACACAACAUCAUCAUCGCCACCACCAAUAGAUAAUAAAAUAAGAAAUGAUUCUAACAAUACUACUAAAUCCAAACACAUAACAGAGGCAUUCAAUUUCGAUGUAAAAAAUACACACGAUGAUACUGAAAGCUCUGUGCUGGAAGAAGAAUGCAAAAAUCCACCAAUUGAAUUUAAAACAAAGGAGCAAACUGUUCAAAAUGUUUUAGAAAUAGAGUCAAAUAAAUUAGCAGCACCAAAUAGUCAGACCGAAUGUCCAGAAGAUCAGACCAUCAUUCACUCAGGCACACUCAGUACGAGUAAAAAUAUUAAAGAUUUAUCCAUUGAAACUUCAAAUGUUGAAACGAAAUAUAAAAGUAAUAAAACGAGCAUAAGCUGCAUGCAAAAUAUGGUGUCUAUUGAAGAUAUAGAAGAUGAUUUAAGUGAUGACGAGCUGUAUUCACCAAAACAACCAAAAAAUUUUGUUGAAACAGAUAAUUUGAGUGAUUACUUCAAAAUAGAAGAAGUUAAAACAACAAAUAACGCUGGAAAUGACACAAAAUUCGAUUCUAAGGAUGUAGAUGACAAAUCUUUAGAUUCUUUAGACAAUAAUAAUGAAUCUGCCUCAUUAGGAAAUGAUAAUGACAAUGAAUUUAAAUCAUUCUCCAGCAACAGUUUUAUACAAAAUAACUUUGACAUGCCGCCACCUCUGCAGGAUGAUACAAAUAGUAUUGAUGACGAUGAUUUUGGAGAUUUCGCAGAUUUUCAAGAUUUCAGUACGGCUGGAACACCUGCAGAAAUUCAAAACUUUGUAAAUAAUACAGUACCUGUCAAUGACAUAAACAACAAGCAACAUAAUAAUAACGAUUUAGAAUUUAAUGGUUUUACUGAUUUUAACAAUUAUACUACAACUAAGGAAGAAUAUACAGAUGUAAAUACUGCUGAUGGGAUUGCUGCAGUUGAGGACACAAAUGAUAUUGAGAAUAAUAAAUUUAAAGAUUCGGAGGAGGAAGAAUUUGAUCAAUUUACUUCGCAUGCUACAAAAGUAGCAGAUAAAUUGGAAGAAAAGUCCAAACAAAAUUCAUUAGAAAUAGAAAUUGCAUCUCAGGAAAUUUCACAUGAUAAUUAUAAUGACUUUAAUGAAGUAGAAACAACUGUAAAUACUUCUGAAGAUUUUGAAGAAAUUUCGCCAGUCAAUGAAAAUGUAAUGCCUAUGGAAGAAACUUCUAUAAAUAAAAAUAAUAGUUUUGGUGAAUUUAAUUCAGCAUCAGAAACUAAUGAUCAUGAUGAUGAUUUUGGUAAUUUUGCUGAAUUUCCUGAGCCUUCUCAAAAUUUGGAAAACAUAAAUGCUGCAGAAGCCUCAUAUAUUGAGGAACCAAUGGAAGUGUCCAAAGACAUUUCUAAUGAUGAUGAAGAAUUUGAUGAUUUUGCUGAUUUUGAAUCGCACGAAGUUAAACCCAAAACAGAGGAAGAAAUGGCAAAUGAAACAGCUGCAUUUUCUUCUAAAGAUGAUAACAAUGUCAUUGAGAAUGUUGAGGAGGAAGAUGAUGAUGAUGAUUUUGGUGAUUUUAAUACAGCCCAACCCAUAACACCAACUGCCGUUAGCCUAACUCUUACAAAAACUAGUCAAAAUCCAACUGCAGCAACACCCGCACUACCAUCAUCACAUAAUCUUAAUGAACGCAUAUCGAAAAUAUUACAAUUAAUGUUUACUCCGGCCAUAAACCAAGCAGAUGAUACUGCUGAUGAACCUAAAACCAAUAAAAUACAAGACAUACCCUUUACAUCCAUUGAUGCGGCAAAAGCUUUGGAAUAUCAAUGGUUAAAUUCGGAUACACGCCAUUCGUUCAUAAGAUCUCUGGGCAUAGAUUCAAGAAAUAUUCUUUUCGGAGAGAAUUGGAAUCCUUCGUUGCCACGUUUUGCAGCUAAUUUAAGUUUCAAUCCUUUAAAACCCAUGAAACCUGUACAAUCAUCAAACAGUACAGCUGAAUCUAGUUCUAUAUUAGAACCCAUUUCAAUGAAUACCUCAGAAUCUACUAAAACAUUGGAAGUGACAGGCAAUAUCAAAAAGGAGACAUUGGAGAUAGAUUGGAAGUCCUCAAGUACUGCAGAGCAAACAACUGAAGCUUUUAAAGAGAAUACCAUAACAUCAGCAGUUACAUCAACUGCAGCUACAUCUAUGCCUUACGUAUCCAAUGAGCCGCCGCCUGCAGAACCAGUAUCGUUAACAAUUUUCGAAAAUCCUCUCGACAACGAGGAGAAAUUUUCGAAAACUCCACCCAUUAGUGAAAUGGAAUCGGUAACAACAUUUUCUACAGCUCUACCAACAACCACAAUGGACAAAGAAUUACCAGCAACACAGAAUAAUGCCAACAAUCUAGAUGAUUUCACUAUGAACGAUGUUGAAGAAACCCUAAAAAAUACACUCAACAUAAGUGAAGUGGUAGUAACGUCUACAUUUACGGGAUCAUUUAAAGAAACCCAUAUUUAUACUCCACCCAAAACGAAUGACUUUGAAACCAAACACACACAGGCAACGGCGACAACCACAACUUCAACAUCACCUACCAAAGUUUCGCCCAUAGAUUUUGAUUACGAAAAGGCCGCCAUGGGUGUGAUAAUAGAUGAAACGGUGGUGAAAAAGGAAUAUAGAGAUGUGGAAUAUAAUCCACCUUUUACCAUGGAAUCUCUUAGUAAAUCUGUCCCUGCUAAGACGGACUUCGCUAAUACCAAUGCAAACGCAAACAUCUUAUGUGCAACUGAUGCAAAAAUAUCGGCCACAGAUGAUGAUCAGGAGUUUAAUGAUGAUUUUAGCGAAUUCCAAUCAGUACCCAGUGAAGUAAACCUGCCUACUGUAGCUGCUAUAGCCAAGCCCAUAGCAGUCACAAAUGCAAAACCUUUAGAAGUACCUAGAACGACAACUGUUUCACAUGGUGGCAUGAUUUUAAGUCCGGCCAUACUAAUACCUCAGGCCAUAUCUAUGGAAAAUCAGAAACCGAAAAUUGAAUGGGGCGAUUCUACAGCCACUAUUAAUCCCGAAGAAUUGGCACGCAUUGAGGAAUUAUUCCCCGAACCUAAAUCCCUUAAAUCCUCCAAUGGCUCGAAUUCAUCACAAAAAUCUACUCCUACCCACCAAGUGGCCUCUACUCCCUCCAUAAGUGCCACCGUAGCCAAUAUGGAAUUAGAGGGCAACAUUAACAACCUUAAUGAUGACGAUGAUGACUGGUCUGAUUUCGUUUCAGUAACCGUAACGAAUAAUGGCUCUGCUCAUAGAUCGGGUAGCAAUAAUAAUAAUUUGGGCAAAAGUCCAGCUGGUUCUCCGUUCAAACAAAGAUCUCCCGUUGUAAACCAUAGACUGCCACCUUCGAUACACAACAAUUCCAAUAAUGAUGACGAAUGGUCUGAGUUUGUGUCGAGUGCUCCGCCCACACAACAGCCACCGUCAUAUAGAGUUCCUCAAUUUAAUAGUGGUGCCUGGCAGAAUGCUAAUUUCUAUAAUAACCCGUUAAGCAUGUAUCACAAGGGUCCCUUUAAUGUGCCCACAGCAACAGCAUCAACACAUCCAGCUCAAAAAUCUCUUUACAAUAACAAUAAUAACUACAAUAUCUCACAACAGCCAUACCAAAUCGCUAAUAAUAUACCACCGGUUAUGCUGGGCAACAACCAACAGACGCCCAACAAUGCCUACCAGCAACAAAUACAUGUUAUGCAAAACUUCUCCACAGCACCAGUACCUACUCCUGAACGCCUUUCAGCAGCAGCGGCCGCCGCCAAAAACAAUCAAUUCCAAUCCAUAGGCUCAGCCAAAGUAGCACCCAGUAUAGCCUUAAUACCAGAUUUGGGAUUUGUGGCACCAGCCAUACCCACCCACACCUCAUUCAUCAACUCUUUGCCCAAACCAAGUAUUAAUACGAAAAAAUGACGUUUGCUCAAUCACAAUCACCAUCAAAAUCCAACUACACACAACCACCACAACAGCCAAAAUUCCCAAAUGCAAACACAGCAACAUUCCCGUUCAACAAAUCGUUUUCAAAAGACGACUGCGUUGGCAACGACCGCCAUGAUGUCGAAAAAUACUUACCGUUCCAAUAAUGCAAAUGUAUGUGUGUCUAGUUACAGUGAUGAUAUUCUAAUAUAGAACCAAAUUUAAACAAAAAAAAAAACAAAAAGAUAAAUGAUAUAAAUGAUAAUUAGUCCUUAGAUUCUCUCUCUGUGUGUGUAUACUUUUUUAACUUAAAUUUGUUUUUACUUAAGUUUAAUAUUAAAUUUUUACCAUUAAACAGCUUUAUAGUGAGAAAAUUGCUUAGACUACUCAACUUUCUCGUUAUAAUACUAUUUAAUAAGUAUUUAUAAAAAGAAGAAGAAAAAAACAAGAUCCUCCGCUAUUUAAAGAAAGUAAAUAAUAUAUAACAUACAUAUUUGUACUUAAUUGUGUUUUUGUUUUAGUUAGGUUUUGUCCUUAAAGCCUGUUUAGUCUUGUUAAAACCAAAAAAAGCAAACUAUAAAUGUUUAUUUUUGGCAUUAUUUAUUAUGUUUUUUUUAUAAUUAUUAUUCGCCUUAAAGUAAUGAGAUUGUAAAUAUUAUAAUCACCAUUUAUUUUUAAUAGUCUUUAGAAUGUUUAAAGAGAUAAUGUUUUUUUUUUUGUUUCUUUGUUUUAAUUCAACUUUCGAUUUUAUUAUAUCGUUCUUUCGGGGGCGUAAAUUUAAUAUAAAUUAUGAUUUUUAUUUGUUUUUAAACAUAUAUUAUAACCAAAACUAAUCAUCAACUAUUAUAUUAUAAAAAUGACAAAAUAAAUAGAUAAAAUAAAUAUAUUGUUAUAAUACAUUAAAAACGAAAUACAAAACGCUAAA